GAGAAGGAUUGUGAAUAAAACCCCACAAAAGGUGAAAAGUUAGGAGGAAAGUAAAAUCAUGGACACCAACAAGCAGUAGGAGGAACUUUGGAUUCGAAGUUCAACCAGACAACACUAAAAGCAACCCUUCAACUAUAAUCCCAUUAAGAACAACCAGACAGAGUCUAGAGAGAGAAGGAACAGAGUUUGCAUCUAUGCAUAUGUUCAUUACUAGUUCCUCUGUUUUUUUCUUUGAUCAAGAUUCCAACUUUCUCCAAGAAAGACUGUCUCCUUGGUAAGAACCAACAGUUAUGCUAGAGGCGACGGCAUGGGGAAGAAAGGGAAUUGGUUUUCUGCAAUUAAGAGAGUUUUCAUACCCAACAACAACUCUAGAAAAGACAAGCCAACCAAUGAGAAGAAGGGAAGAAGAGGGAAAUUGAAGCAUGGGGAGAGCAAAUCAUUCAUUCCCCUCUUUAGGGAACCAAGCAGCAUCGAGAAGAUAUUGGAAGAAGCCGACGAAGCAAAACUGUUUCGCCAGCAUUCCUCUGCGUCUUCUGAGCAAUCAACAAAGUUUCCACCUUUAUUCAUCCAAAGGGCGCCACACCCACCCAGGAUUCGUUCUCCAAACUCUGCUUCUUCAAGGAUCAAUCGACCCGAGCCAACUCAGCGAUAUCGCCACCUUUCAGCUACUAAGAUUCAAGCAGCCUAUAGAGGCUACGAGGCAAGGAGGAGUUUCAGAGCAUUGAAGGGAUUAGUGAGGCUUCAAGGAGUGAUAAGAGGACAAAAUGUGAAGAGACAAACGGCAAAUGCUAUGAAAAUGAUGCAGCUUCUUGUAAGGGUUCAAACUCAAGUACAAUCUCGAAGGAUUCAUAUGUUGGAGAACCAGGCAAUGCAACGUCGUCAAGCUCAAAAGAUUGAUAGAGAAUUGGAAACUACCUUGAGCAAAUGGACGACGGUUCAGAAUGAUGAAUGGGAUGAUAGUAUGCUUCCUAUGGAAGAAAGAGAGGCAAGGCUGCAAAGGAAAGUGGAGGCAAUGAUGAAGAGAGAAAGGGCAAUGUCAUAUGCAUAUUCUCACAAGUUAUGGAAAGCAACUCCUAAAUCAGCAAACGCGGGGGCAAUGGACAAUAUAGGACAUGGGGGAUAUCCGUGGUGGUGGAACUGGCUAGAACGACAGCUACCACCACCCAAGACCACUCCCGAUUGGUCUUCCACCAAGAACUUCAAAAUGACUCCUCAAAGUCAAAUGCCAACUCCACAGCAGCCCAAACCAAGUCCAUCGCCAGCAUCGUUUGGAUUAGACAAUCUGGAAAUUCUAACUCCAAGUUCAACAAAGUCAGUUUUCCCAACCAGAAGCAAGCCAUUAUUUAACAACACCCCAUCAUCAAGAACACCCCUUGUAAACGGCUUGGGACAAAUGAGAUACUCUAAGAACGACGACGACAGCCUGACCAGCUGCCCGCCCUUCUCUGUCCCAAACUACAUGACAUCAACUGUCUCCACAAACGCUAAGGUGAGGGCAUGUAGCAAUCCAAAAGAGCGGUUUCCAACUCCAGAGACUCCAAUUAAUGAUUCAAAGAAGAGGUUUUCAUUUCCAUUGACCCCGAAUUUCAGUUCUUUCAAAUGGAGCAGCAGAGGCUCAAAUGAUAAGGACUCUAAUUCACACAAGGUUCUAGAUCAGCAUCAGCCUAUCCAUGCUAUGGGGAAUACAAGUAUUGACUCCACUGUUUCCAUGCCCGCUGUUGUUGGCGGGAGGAAACCCUUUAACAGAUUUGUGUGAUUUCUCUUUAUUUACUAAGUGUGCUACUUACUAUAUAUAUGGUAAGAUUACAGAUGAUUCUGAUUGUAUAUUGUAUAACAAUAAAGAAAAAGAGUGUAGAAAAACUGAUGGUUUGAGUGGGAACAGAGUGUGGGUUUUUUCAAAUAUAUAUUCUUUUGUGCAUACA